AUAAAAAAAAAUUGAGAAUUAGGAGAAAACAUCCAAAUGAAAUACGCUCUAAUCUUGAACAAGAAGAAAGCACAGUAGAUUCAUCUUCUCAACUUUUGAACACGGCUACUUUAUCUAAUUUUUCAGCAAUCACAAAAGAAAAAACUGAUUCACCAUUUGCAGAAGAUUCUCAAGAAUUUGAAACUGCCGAACCAAUAUUUGACCAAAAUUUAGAG